ACCAAACACAAUGUGGGCCGUCGAUGAUUUGAGCCCUAUCUCAAAGAAGCCUUACAAAACCCUAAGUUUCACGGUUUUUGGAGAACUGCCUGCAGAGAGAGAAGAGAGAGUCUCCCCACGGUUGCCGCGAUUCGGAUCUUAAUCAGAGGCCAGGAGAGAUGGCUGAAGCGCAAGCGAAAGGAGCGCCAGUAGUUCCUGAGUCGGUGUUGAAGAAACAGAAGAGGAAUGAAGAAUGGGCUUUGAAGAAAAAGGUAGGGAUUGCUGCUCUGAAAAAGAAGAAUGCUGAAAACCGGAAGCUGAUUUUUUGCAGAGCCAAGCAAUAUGCAAAGGAAUACGAGGAGCAGGAAAAGGAACUAAUUCGGUUGAAGCGCGAGGCAAGAAUGAAAGGGGGUUUUUAUGUCAACCCUGAAGCCAAGCUUUUGUUUAUUGUUCGCAUACGUGGUAUCAAUGCUAUGCACCCAAAGACAAGGAAGAUAUUGCAGCUCUUGCGAUUGAGACAGAUUUUCAAUGGUGUGUUCUUAAAAGUAAACAAAGCAACAAUGAAUAUGCUGCAUAGGGUGGAGCCGUACGUGACUUAUGGGUACCCUAACUUGAAGAGUGUGAAGGAAAUCAUUUACAAAAGGGGUUAUGGAAAGCUAAAUAAGCAGCGGAUUGCCUUGACCGACAAUUCAAUAAUUGAGCAGGCUCUGGGAAAAUAUGGAAUUAUCUGCAUUGAAGAUCUGAUCCAUGAAAUCAUGACUGUUGGGCCUCAUUUUAAGGAGGCGAAUAACUUCCUGUGGCCCUUCAAACUCAAGGCACCAUUGGGUGGUCUGAAGAAGAAGAGGAACCACUAUGUUGAAGGCGGAGAUGCUGGUAAUCGUGAAGAUUACAUUAACGAGCUCAUCAGGAGGAUGAACUAGAUGUUGUUGUCACUUUGCCUUUUGAUUCACGGGUUCCCUUGCUUCUUAGUGACAAUUGGAAGAAAUCUCGGUUAUCAGUUUUGUUUCUCAUUCAAUGUUGGAGAACAUCUGUGUUUUGAAGAAGUAUAACAUUAUAUUGACGAUUUUAUUUUAUCUUGGGAAGUUAUUUGCGUUUGA